CUUUCUUUUACUGUCUAUGCUCUCUAGUGGCCAGCGUUUCAGUUGUAUUGUUUCUACACGAGAGCAGCCUAUCCUUCAUGCACGCCCACUGUCUGUUACACAAACUUAUAUCAUGAUUUCAAGAUCACUCCGGUCAUAGAAGGCCAUCGAGACGUCUCUCUUCACAUAACAUCGACCAGCGCUUCGAUCUGUCAAUUCAGGAUGUGGAUUCCUCUGCUGAGUUUGACUGCCCUUCCACACGUUGGUGGGAUAUUUGGAGGUUUAAUCACACGGAAGGAGGUGAAGUCCUGGUACACCACGAUCAACAAACCCUCAUGGAGGCCACCUAACGCUGCCUUCCCAAUAGUGUGGACCACUCUCUACACUGGCAUGGGCUACGGUUCAUACCUUGUGUGGAAAGAGCUUGGAGGCUUCACCCAGGAUUCACUGGUACCGCUGGGGCUCUAUGGGAUGCAGUUGGCGCUUAAUUGGGCCUGGACCCCCAUCUUCUUUGGCGCUCACAACAUUAAACUGGCAAUGAUAGAGAUAGUGAUGCUGACUGGCACAGUGGCAGCCACAAUGGUGUCUUGGUAUCCCAUCAGCCGCACUGCAACACUUCUCAUGGUACCAUACUUGGCCUGGCUGUGCCUCGCUACCAGCCUCAACUACUGCAUUUGGAGAGACAAUCCAGAUCCCAAAAAAGAUGACUAAAGAGUUCAAUAAAACGUACACUAUUCUAACUAACACUGACUAAAACAAAAAUGCAACUAUGCUUUUUAUUUUGCUUGUUGGCCAUUUUGAAGUAUAAUAAUGAAGAAUUGAGUUUAUUUUUUAUCUUCACUUAAAAUUUUGUAAUAUCAGAAAAAUUCACAUUGUGUCUUAAUUAUAAAAGAAGGAAAGGCAAUACAGUGAGAAUGUUCUAAUGCUUCAAUUAUAUAAACUCAGUCCAUCAGUUCACUUAAGUUCAGCAUUUUAUCACUUUACAGGCUCUUCAAACUCAAAAUGUCUCUGAUUGUUAACACAAAAAUGUUUUGCUUGCUUCCUUGCCUGUUUUUAUUAAUAAAAAUGUUUUCAUGA